AUGGCUUUAAAGAAGGUUGAGCUUAAGCUCAUUUCAGAUACGACCCUGAUAAACAAGAUUUGCAAUGGCAACGUUUAUGGAAGUGGUGAUCCUUACGCGAGUAGCGUAUCGUAUGUCCUUGAAGAUAUGGCAACUGUUACGGCAAACCACCCUGGUUACGAUUACUACACCAACUCUCCUUACGCUGAAGCAACAGCCUAUGGCCAUGCUGUUUGCAAUGCAGUGCUUUCGUUCACUGAUUGCGGUACUUGCAUAAGCUCUGCGAAGAGUCAGAUACUCUACAACUGUCCGAAUAGCAUCGGGGUUCAGAUGCAGCUUCAGGACUGUAGGAUGAGAUAUGAAAAUUACCCGUUCUCGGAAUAA